AUAACAACAAUUAACAAUCAUAUCAAGAAACCGCCAUUUUCUCUCAAUUUCUCUCCAUUUUCCCGGAUGCCAAACACUCCAGAACGAUGUCGGGUGCGUGGGAAGACAAUCACAAUGAUACCGACUCCGAUCAUCAACAUUCCCACAUCAAUUUCGAUUUCUUCUCCGCCAUUGUUAAGCCGAAGGAUUAUUACAAAAUUUUGGAGGUCGAUUACGAUGCUACGGACGAUGAAAUUCGUUCCAAUUACAUACGCCUGGCUCUGAAAUGGCAUCCUGACAAGAAGAAAGACCACGACGGUGCCACUUCCAGAUUUCAGGAAAUAAACGAGGCAUAUGAAGUUUUAAGCGAUCCUUGUAGGAGGCAGGAAUACGACGAGAAGGGAAUGCUUUAUGUAAACGAUGAUAACAUAGUGGAUUAUCUCAAGCGAUACAAAGGCCUUAUUUUGACCUGUAAUGGCCUCGGUAUGAAGCAUUCUAUUUGGUGAACUGAAAUUCCCACAAAUGCGAAAAAAAAUAGGUCUUUCUUAGUACAUUUAGGAUCCUCUUUGGCCCAGUUUUCACUUAUCAGUGAAGAAUGAAAGAGCAGUUAGGAUUAUUGCAUUUUGACAUCUUUCUUUCUCAUAAUGUACAAACCCACUUACCCCUUUAGCUUAGAGGAAGUGACAGUAGAGAAUAUGAGUUUAUGAUUCGGUGAAGUGUUUUUGUUUCAUUCGAUCAAACGUUUGUCUGGAAUGAUUUUUCAAGUGUUUAAAACAACUGUUCUAGAGAGUCGUGACAAUUUGAAUGAUCAUUUGAUUUGUUUUGAAAUAACUGAAGUUUAGGUUGUUUGAUCGAGUCGAUGGCAUUCAUAUUCCGAACAUUCAAAUUUCUUUUCAUUUCUUUGAGUUUUUGAUAUAGGAACUUGUGUCAUGAAUUCUCAGCGGUGGAAGUUAUGUUAUUUGUU